AGUCGCAGAGCGUCUUCUCGAGGUCCAUCAUUACCUCGUACUGACUACCGUCCGCCAGUUCGGAACGGGUCAUCAGCGCCUUCACCGUGUAGCUGUCGUCCAGCUCCUUCAGCUGCUGUACGUGCGCUCCCAUGGAAAACUUCAUGUCGGAGACCUUCUCGUAGGUGUAGUUGUACGUAAAGUACUCGCCCGUAUCCCCGACACGUUCCAGCUUGUCGAUGUGCACAUCAAAGUUCUACGAGCAGGAAAUAAGAUUUUGAAUCGAUAUAAGUCACAUUUUUGUAUCUUGAAAUACGUGCUUCACACUUACCUUAUUUGCAAUGGCUCCAUAUCCCAACGCGAUACAAACGACUGACAGAGCAACUCUCCAAAAUAUCAUCUCCGUCACCUUGGAUUUCUGGCUUGGUCGGGACGGAUUGCUGUAGAGAGCAUCUGCAUUGUACACCGCUUUAUGUACCGUUUGAGAGAGGUGACCUACUCGCGGUGUGGCCGGAAGUUUCAUGUUUUUCAUUGUUGCAAGCAACAUAUCGUAGUUUGCUCGACUCACGCAACGAAUGCACUUCAUGGGAGACCGUCGAAAUCGGGGUGGUUCCUAAUCGUGAAACAAUCGCCGGUAGGACCCACCGAACAGUUUAAAUCGAUUGUUAUCAGUGAGAUUUUGCGUGGUUUCAAUGGCACACGAGCCUGCGAGCACAAUAUUGGACACUGGAGUACUUGUGUUAGCGUCAGUCGUGUAUCAUCAUUCACGCGCGCUGUUCGUUUGUGUCGUUCAUGCAACGAAACUUCGCAUCAAUUCUGCGUUAAAAAAUUGUUCCACUUUCGCGUAAACAUUGUGCUACAGAGGAAGAAACAGCAGUAAAUCUGUGAAAAUGAAAUGGACUGGAUGUAUCGUAGCUGUGGUGUGCUGUGUAGUUCUUGCGGGUUCGGUCGAUGGUGGUGUGCUCCAUUGGUGGAACCGUUGGUGGAAAUUCUAUCGUCAUCCAUUCGUCAGCUCUAGUCUCAUCUUCGAAGACUGCGGAACCAAGUACGAUGUCAUAUCUAUUAAUCUGUCCAGUUGUGCAACCGCACCCUGUACGAUGCAUCGUGGCGCAAACAUUACCGUGAAGGCUGAAUUCAGCUCCAACGGUGCAACGACGGAUAGUGUGCUUAAGCACGAAGCGUACUUUAUACUGAACAGCGUUAAGACGCAAGCCGUUAUCACCCCGACCACCUGCGAGGGCAGCGUCUGUCCGCUGCAGGGAACGCACGGACUACUGUUCUCCGCUAACGUGUACGUCAAUGCGGAUCUUCCACCGAUUAAUGGAAAGCUUCGCUGGGAGUUGAAAAAUAAGUAUGGCGAUAUGCUGCUCUGCUAUCAGCUACCAGUUUGCAUCCAGUGAGUCGGCGUUGCAGCCAACUGGACGUCUCUUCACUCAAAUGUAAAACGUUACAUUUCUUACCGCAACUGUAUCAGUGAGAUUAAAGCUACCUUUAGAGAUUUUUAACGAGCAAUAUACUUAUUUUGGAGUUUAUGGCAAUCUUUGCUUUUA